UUUAAAAUGGUGUGAAUAAAUGUGUAUAUAAAGAGGAGAAGGCAUCAAAAACAGAGCAGGAGCAGCUAAGAAGAUAGAGAUGGAGGGAUUAGGGAGAGGCUUGUUUGUUGUUAUAGCUGCUGCAGCUUCAAUGCUGGAAAUGGGUUUGGCUGAUCAAAGACACAUGGUUGGGGGAACCCAAGGUUGGCAACAAUCCAUUGAUUUCGACUCUUGGGCGGAAGCUCAGACCUUCAAAGUUGGCGACGAACUCGUUUUCAAUUACGCUUCGGGGCUGCACAGUGUGGUAGAGCUUCCGGACGAGAGUGCGUAUGAGAACUGCGAUAUUGGGAGCGCCAUCGAGACGAAGAGCAGCGGGAAGGAUGGCAUCAAGUUGACGAAGCCGGGAACACGAUACUUCGCGUGCGGCACCAUGGGGCAUUGCAGCCAAGGCAUGAAGGUCAAGAUCAAAAUAGCCACUGGCACAGCUUCCUCUACUCCAUCUCAUCCUUCUUCUUCUUCAUCUUCUUCGCAUUAUUCUCUUCUGGGUUGCUUCCUCAUCAUGGCUUCCUACGCCUUGAGGUUCAUGUUAUGAUCAAAUCCUUAACAUCCUCUCCAUUCUUUUAAACCAGUUUUUGGGUUUUGUUGUCGGGUUGAUUGGUUCUAACCCUUGUCCUGUUUUCAUUAUUUCUAUUUUAUUAUUAUUAUUAUUAUUAUUGCUAAGAUAUUAUUUGGCAUUUAUUA